GCAGCAGGGAGGGAGGAGUCUAUCUGAUCCAGAUUUAUUUGCACACAGGUGAGAGGAGCCCAUAACUAACGAGCUGAGAGCUGAACUGAAGUCACUUCCAACAGCAACUGUCAGAGCAGUGUCCAGGACUUCAAAAUGAGUGCCAAUCUGCAAGGAGCUAUGGAGGACCUCAUCAAAGUCUUCUACCGUUACUCUGGAAAAGAAGGGGACAAGUACAAGCUUAACAAACAGGAGCUGAAGAAUUUGUUAAAGGAUGAACUCUCAGAUUUCCUGUCGGGUCCCAAUGAGUCUACUGUGGUCGAGAAAAUUAUGAAUGACUUGGAUGAAAACAAGGACGGUCAGGUGGACUUCCAAGAGUUUGUUGUCCUGGUGGCUGCACUGACUGUUGCCUGCAAUGAAUUCUUUGUGGACUUUGAAAAGAAUAAUGACAGGGGGGACUCUGGAAGUAAUAAAGAAUGAAAGUCUGUCAUUUGACGUUCAAUUACAACUCCAUAAUCUAAAUAGUAAAAGAGGAUUUGGGCUAUGUACGCAAACAUUUAAAUCCCUCAUUAAUAACUACAGUUUGUAAUGUUGGAAAAAAAAAAAAGAUAUAUCAUGUUUAUUCUUUUGUCCUCAGAUGUCCUCCACCUUAAUAAAGAUGUAAUGUCCCCACAA